AUGGCCGACAAUCGAAAAGUAGGCGUAUUGGGCGGUGGCCAACUGGGUCGCAUGCUGAUUGAGGCCGCAAAUCGGUUGAAUAUACAAGUCAACGUCCUGGACGUUGCGGGAUCACCAGCAAAGCAAAUAUCAUCGCACGACGGCCACAUUGAGGGAUCUUUCAAGGAUGCCGCAGCUGUCAAGAAACUCGCAGAAUCAUCCGAUGUCGUUACUGUCGAGAUUGAGCACGUGGACACCCAUAUGCUAGAAGAGGUAUCAGGACAGGUCGUGGUCGAACCCAGCUGGAAAACACUACGGACCAUCAAGGACAAGUAUGCACAAAAGCAGUACCUGAAAGAGCAUGGAGUCGACGUUGCGGACAGCAUCGAUCUGGAAGGAAAGGGUGUUGCGGGGUUGAAAGAGGUUGGUACGUCGUAUGGCUAUCCAUUCAUGCUUAAGAGCAAGACAGAGGCGUAUGACGGCAAGGGCAAUUUCGUGGUGAAGACGGAGGCGGAUGUUGACGCGGCAUUCGAGGCGUUAGGAAAGAGACCGUUGUAUGCGGAGCGUUGGGCGGACUUCCGGAUGGAGCUUGCAGUCAUGGUUGUCAAGACGAAGGACGGCGUACUCACUUUCCCAACAGUUGAGACUGUACACGAGGACAGCAUCUGCAAGCUCACAUACGCACCACCACGUAAUGUAGCAGAGGAGACCACACAAAGAGCCCAGGAACUCGCCAAGAAGGCCAUCGGUGCUUUCGAAGGCAAGGGUGUCUUUGGUGUCGAGAUGUUCCUGCUCAAAGAUGACAGCCUACUCAUCAACGAGAUUGCACCUCGACCGCACAACUCAGGACAUUAUACCAUCGAAGCCUGCCCUAUCUCACAAUACGAUGCGCAUCUACGAGCCAUCCUCGACCUCCCCAUCUCUCAGUCCAGCCUCCGCCUCCGCGAACCCUCAAUCAUGCUUAACAUCCUUGGAGGCAAGACACCGGACUCCCACGUCCAAGUCGCCAAGAAGGCUCUUGAGUCGCCAAACGCAUCGAUACAUCUCUAUGGCAAAGGCGAUGCACGUCCCGGACGCAAGAUGGGUCAUAUCACCAUCACAGCACCCACACUCGCAGCAGCUGAACGCGAGAUCCAGCCCCUCGUUGACUUUGUCGACAACCAAAAGGGUAAGACUGUCGAAUCUCGUAGUCCAGAAAGCUCCAAGGAAGAGCCACUCGUCGCUGUAAUCAUGGGCUCAGACUCUGACCUGCCCGUCCUUCGCGCCGGCUUGGAGAUCCUCACCAAGCUGCAAAUCCCCUUCACAACACGCAUCACCAGCGCCCACCGAACACCAGACUGGCUACGCGAGUUCUCCAAGACCGCUUCUCAGACCUCUCUGAAAGUCAUCAUCGGCGCAGCGGGCGGUGCAGCCCAUUUACCCGGUAUGUGUGCGUCGUGGACUACACUUCCCGUCAUCGGACUUCCUGUCAAGGCGAGCGUGAUGGAUGGCUGGGACAGUCUUGUUAGCAUGACUCAGAUGCCGCGUGGUGAGCCUGUUGCAACAGUCGGUAUCAACAACUCGACCAACGCUGCGCUGCUCGCUGUUCGCAUCCUCGGCGCUGAGGAUAAGGUUAUUCGCGAGAGGUUGAGGGUCUGGAUGGAGGGUAACGAGAAGGAGGUUAUGCGUAAGGACAAGACUUUGCUGGAAGAUGGCUGGGAGGCUUAUCUCAAGGGUAUGGGCAAAUAG